AUGGGUUGUGGAAUGAGCACUGAAGACAAGGAGGGGAAGGCCCGCAACGAGGAGAUUGAGAACCAGCUCAAGCGGGACAAGAUGAUGCAAAGAAAUGAGAUCAAGAUGUUGUUGCUCGGUGCUGGAGAGUCUGGAAAGUCGACUAUCCUCAAGCAGAUGAAAUUGAUUCACGAAGGCAGUUACUCCCGGGAUGAGCGAGAAUCAUUCAAGGAAAUCAUUUACAGCAACACGGUUCAGUCGAUGCGUGUCAUUUUGGAGGCCAUGGAAUCCCUUGAGCUUCCCUUGGAGGAUGCUCGCAACGAGUACCAUGUGCAAACCGUCUUCAUGCAACCUGCUCAGAUCGAGGGCGACAACUUGCCGCCAGAGGUUGGCAACGCUAUCGGCGCUCUGUGGCGCGAUACCGGUGUUCAGGAGUGCUUCAAGCGUUCUCGCGAAUACCAGUUGAACGACUCGGCCAAGUACUACUUUGACGCCAUCGACCGCAUCGCCCAGCCUGACUAUCUCCCCACCGAUCAGGAUGUUCUCCGCUCUCGUGUCAAGACUACUGGUAUCACCGAGACGACAUUCAUUAUCGGUGAUCUGACUUACCGCAUGUUCGACGUUGGUGGUCAGCGGUCUGAACGUAAGAAGUGGAUUCACUGUUUCGAGAAUGUCACGACAAUCCUUUUCCUGGUUGCCAUCUCCGAGUACGACCAGCUGCUGUUUGAAGAUGAGACCGUCAACCGUAUGCAAGAAGCCCUCACUCUGUUCGACUCGAUUUGCAACUCCCGGUGGUUUGUCAAGACCUCUAUCAUUCUUUUCCUCAACAAGAUCGAUCGUUUCAAGGAGAAGCUGCCUGUCAGCCCCAUGAAGAACUACUUCCCCGACUACGAGGGAGGCGCAGACUACGCCGCCGCGUGUGACUACAUUCUUAACCGCUUCGUAUCAUUGAACCAGGCCGAGCAAAAGCAAAUCUACACUCACUUCACAUGUGCCACUGAUACCACUCAGAUUCGCUUCGUCAUGGCUGCAGUAAAUGACAUCAUAAUCCAAGAAAACCUGAGACUGUGUGGUCUGAUCUAA